ACAGACACUACUUCCCCAAUCUACAGGAGCCAUUUUAAUAACUUAAAACUUGCCGGAGUGCUUUUUAUUUUCAAGCUCAAAGGACGAUAUUUAAAGAGAAGGAAUAGUUGAAGGCUAAGAAUCUUGAGAGAAGAAAAAUUUGCCUCAGUUUCUAUAGAAAAUCAAUGAACCAAGAAAAUUUGGUGCACCUUCUCUAAAGAAAAUCUGGGUAUACAAUAACUUCACAGACUUGGCUGAGGGUUUAUACCCACAUUGGUCACCGGACUCUGCCUCCUGGUACUGAACCUGUUUGGAACUUUUCUCAUGUGGAUCUAAGGGGAAUGCUUGAUUAUGGCUGCUGUUGUCCAACAGAACGACCUAGUAUUUGAAUUUGCUAGUAACGUCAUGGAGAAUGAACAACAGCUUGGUGAUCCAGCUAUUUUUCCUGCUGUAAUUGUGGAACAUGUUCCUGGUGCAGAUAUUCUCAAUAGCUAUGCUGGGCUAGCCUGUGUGGAAGAGCCCAAUGACAUGAUUACUGAGAGCUCAUUGGAUGUUGCUGAAGAAGAAAUCAUAGAAGACGAUGAUGACGACAUCACCCUUACAGUCGAAGCUUCUUGUCAUGAUGGGGAUGAAACAAUCGAAACUAUUGAGGCUGCUGAGGCACUCCUUAAUAUGGAUUCUCCUGGCCCUAUGUUGGAUGAAAAACGAUUAAAUAAUAAUAUAUUUAGUUCACCUGAAGAUGACAUUGUUGUUGCCCCAGUUACUCAUGUAUCCGUCACAUUAGAUGGGAUUCCUGAAGUGGUGGAAACUCAGCAGGUGCAAGAGAUAUAUGUGGACUCACCAGGAGCAUCAUCCCCAGAACAACCUAAGAGAAAGAAAGGAAGAAAAACUAAACCACCACGACCAGAGUCCCCAACCACUACACCAAAUAUAUCUGUGAAAAAGAAAAACAAAGAUGGGAAAGGAAACACGAUUUAUCUUUGGGAGUUUUUACUGGCAUUGCUUCAGGACAAAGCUACCUGUCCUAAAUACAUCAAAUGGACCCAAAGAGAGAAAGGCAUUUUUAAACUGGUAGAUUCUAAAGCAGUUUCCAGGUUGUGGGGGAAGCACAAAAACAAACCUGAUAUGAAUUAUGAGACCAUGGGAAGAGCACUCAGGUACUAUUACCAAAGAGGUAUUCUGGCAAAAGUGGAAGGUCAACGCUUGGUGUAUCAGUUUAAGGAAAUGCCAAAAGAUCUUAUAUAUAUAGAUGAUGAGGAUCCAAGUUCCAGCAUAGAGUCUUCAGAUCCAUCGUUAUCUUCAGCAGCUACUUCAAGUAGGAAUCCAGCAAGCCGAUCGAGAGUAUCUUCUAGUCCAGGGAUAAAAGGAGGAGCCACCACAGUUCUAAAACCAGGGAAUUCCAAAGCCACAAAACCCAAAGAUCCUGUGGAAGUUGCACAGCCAUCAGAAGUUUUGAGGACAGUGCAGCCCUCACAGUCUCCAUAUCCUACCCAGCUCUUCCGGACUGUUCAUGUAGUACAGCCAGUUCAAGCUGUCCAAGAAGAAGCAACCCUAACCAAUAGCACGCAGGACGAAACAUUAAAUUCUUCUGUUCAGAAUAUUAGGACUAUACAGGCUCCAGCUCAAGUUCCAGUGGUCGUGUCUCCAGGAAAUCAGCAGUUGCAUACAGUAACACUCCAGACAGUGCCACUCACAACAGUGAUAGCCAGCACAGAUCCAUCAGCAGGUGCUGGAUCGCAGAAGUUUAUCUUACAAGCCAUUCCAUCAUCACAGCCCAUGACAGUACUGAAAGAAAAUGUUGUGCUGCAGUCACAGAAGCCAGGCUCCCCCCCUUCUAUUGUGUUCAGCCCUGCCCAUGUACAGCAGGUUCUUACCAGCAACGUUCAGUCCAUUUGCAAUGGAACCGUCAGUAUGGCCUCAUCUCCAUCCUUUAGUGCUACUACGCCUGUGGUGACCUUUUCUCCUCGCAGUUCACAACUAGUUGCUCACCCACCUGGCACUGUAAUCACGUCAGUUAUCAAAGCGCAAGAAACAAAAACUCUUACACAGGAAGUAGAGAAGAAGGAAGUUGAAGAUCAUUUGAAAGAAGACACUGAGAAAACUGAGCAACAGCCACAACCUUAUGUCAUGGUGGUAUCUAAUUCCAAUGGAUUUUCCUCUCAGGUAGCUACGAAACAAAAUGAACUGCUGGAACCCAACUCUUUUUAAUAUACCAAAGGAAUUAUGGAUGAUUGAUUUUUCAUUGAACGUUUCCAGUUAUAUGCAAGCUAUCUCAUUGAUUCUAAGAUAAAUUCUGCAGAGGUUCCUCCUAUUUGUAAUUGUUAAAAAUAAUUUCAUUAGUUUUGACAUUAGAUGAGGGAGGGAAACCCAAGUGUUUCUCUAUGUUCUGCAAAUGUUUCAGAAUUCAAUUGUGAAGGAACAUGUGUUUUAUACUAUGAAGACAUUCUUUUGAGAUUUUUUUUCAUUUGCUAUAUCAUGAGCAUUUUUAAAGUUUCUUUUCUAGACAUUUUAUAUCAUAUUAGCUUUUCUGGUUCUUUUGUAAAUACAGUACUUAGAAAGGCAACAGGAAAUUUAUAUAGGAACUGUUUUCAUUCCACUUGUAUAAGUUGUCUUGACUCUUUAAAAUGUAAGAAACCUGUUUUAUGCUUUGUUAAAAUUAUGGUGUCACUUAGAUUGACUUUAGUUGUCUGCACUGUAUAAUGAACUAUGUUUAUAUAAAAUUAACAUUAAAAGUUGAACUAUGCCCAUGAUGUGGCUGAACCUGUUUUCAGAAACAGGAUGGUAUAAAGCAUCAGUCUAAAAGUGGCUGUCCUGCUACUGAGUUGUGUCAACCUUGAUCUUCUGUGGUGUUAUUUCUUCUCCUAAGAAGAAGAGGAUGCAUUGGACUAGACUAGAUCGCUGUCCCUUCUAGUUCUAAAUUUUAUUAUUCUAAUGCUUAUAUUUUAAAUUUAUGUUCAUUAAAAUGUUACCAGGUUAUUUCCUAAGUAAAUAUAGCUAAAUUUUGCAGAAAAAUAAGAACCCCACAAAAUUCAUUUUACAGUUAUCAUUAUCGUUAAGAUCUGCCAUAAAUUCUUCCUAUUUUGUUCAUUAACUCUUUAGACCACUAUUCAUGUGGUCCAUUAGUAAACUUAUGUUGCUGAGUGCUAAAUGAUAGCCUGCUGUCCUGAGAGAGUCAAGGCUCUUUCUUAAGGUCCAAGAAAGCAACUUGAGCCUUGGGCUAAUCUGGCUGAGUUGUCAGUUGUUAUAAAAGCAUAAUUGCUUUAUGUUUUGGGUAAUUUUUUAUUGGGGGUUAAGGGGGGAAAUUGCAUACAAAGAUAAUAUACAUAUAUAUCCAAGUUUCUGAAAUGGAGUAGUUUUUAGAUUACCUUUUCAACUGUAAAUAAUGUACAUUUAAUGUCCAAGAAAAAUUGUUUUCUUCAAAUUUUCUAGUAUAGCAAAGAAAAAAUUUUGUAGAUGAAAAAUGAUUGUUUGGAGGUAUCUAAUGUUAUAUGUUUUCGUAUUACAGACUGAAUUUGUAUUUAAAGAAAAAUUUAAAUUUUGGAAUCCUCUAAACAUUUUUGUACCUUUAAUUAGUUUAUUAUUAAAUAAAUCAUGUAAAAAUUC